AUGUUGAUUUUCUAUCACCCCUCCUUGCUAUUUUCAAAUAUUGCGGAUUUACGCCUCCUGAUCCAUGUCUUCCUAUUAUUUCCUUUCUGUUUUAACCUCGUUCAAUCUCAAGAGAUCGGUAUGUGA